AGAAUAUUGCGGAAAGAAAACGCAGCAAGGAUGCUGCCGGUCGAGCAUUUUGGGCAUUGCUUUCUGCCCCGGGGCGAACUGCUCAGUCGAGCUGGUCUCGCUUCUGACGGAGGCCAGGCCGGAGCUGAACUCGAGUUAGCCGUCUCCGGAGGGAAACCGGUCACCCACCGGACCAAUAGGGACCCAGACACUGCAUCAACUUGGCUUUAA